UGGUGUUGUUCCAGCUGUGCUGAAGAGCUCAAGGGAUAUGUGGAGCAGAGGCCAGGGCACAUCAGUUUACCUCUGGCACCGCUGCUGACCUGCACCCAGCCAAGGCGGUCAGAGACACACAGAACAACCAAAUUCAUUAAUGCAAAAGUGGACUGACAGGAGAUGUGUGCCGCUGUCUACAUUGUGUCAACAGUGACAGGCUAUGUGCUCACCUCAGCCCUGCUGCUGAAAUGUCCAACUCUCCUACACUGGAGGAAGAGGGAGAGGUUCCUCAGCAGGCACAUUUCCCAUCGUGGAGGUGCAGCAGAAAACCUGGAGAACACCAUGACAGCUUUCAAACAUGCUGUGGAUAUUGGCACAGACAUGCUGGAGCUGGACUGCCACCUGACAAAGGAUGAGCAGGUCGUGGUCUCACAUGAUGCCAACUUGAAGAGGGUCUGUGGCGUCGAUGCAAAGAUCAGUGACCUGGCUUAUGCUUGUUACAGUUUGCUGAUGAGAAAAGCUCUUUUUCAACAUUUAACUGCAAGGGGAAUACAGGUGUACAUUUGGGUGCUGAAUGACGAGGAGGAUUUCCGAAGGGCGUUUGACUUGGGAGCCACAGGAGUAAUGACAGAUUUUCCCACCAGGCUCAAAGAGUUUAUGGAUAGGAAUGGCAUUUCUAAGCCCCAGUGACCUGCCAACUCAUACCUCUCUCCAUCUCCACGGCCAUUAUCCUUCAAGCUCGCUGACCUGCCAAACAAGCUCUCCACAUUCGCCCACUUUUACUGCACGCAUUCCUGCAGACCUGCUUUCACUUUGGGGUUCUACAAGUAUGAGGCUCACCUUACAUUAGAGAUGUAUACUUUUAUAUUCGUAAGCUAGAAAAAGAGAUUUAUUUGUAUUAAUCAAGCCUUUUUUCAUCUUAAUUUACACAUUCUAAAAUUUUGGUUAAAGAUUCCAAAUAAUAGAGCAAUGGAUAUGAUUGUAAUGUAGCGACGGCCAUGUUUGAGAUUUAAUAUUAAACAUACAGUCAUGAAAAAUGAUUAGACCACUCUUGUUUUCUUCAUUUCUUAUUCUAAAACUGUAUUACCGGAAGAAUACAAUAAAAAAAAAAGGGUGGUCUUAUCAUUUUUUCCAAGACUUUAUGUUAAAUAAUUAGCCAUUGCACAUAAAUAUCAAAGAUUAUUUAUGCUGUAGUAAAAGCAGCAGUCCACAGGGCACUGAGUUAAACAGUUUACACAAAAAAAGGUCCAGAAAUAGUUUUAGCACAUAUUACAUU